AUGACUUUCUCACUUACCAAACUCUACCUCAUCUUCAUUCCAGUUGGUUUUGCUGAUGCUCUUGGCGCGCCAUCAGGAAUAUCGCCAUUUUUAACUGGACUGACAACAACGUUAGCAUCAAAUGCGGCAAGUCCUGUUACUGCAAAUGCUCUGUUAAAUUCAACAGCAGCCGCAUUACGUUUGCCGCAUGUUGGUGUUUUAAAUAUGUCGCCUGUCGUUCUAGUUUCAAAUCUCGAUGAGAAUGUUAGAGUUUAUGGCGAUGUUCAACGCGUAAAAAUUCUUUUCAAUAAAAAGGAUAAUGCAUUAAUUCAGUACGCUGAAGCUCAACAAGCACAUCUUGGUACGCUAAAAAUUAUAGGGAUAACCUCAUUUUCAGCUAUACAACAUUUGGAUAAAAUUCAAUGGCACGAUAGGCAAAUUCGUGUGGCCACAUCAAAACAUAAUAAUGUACAAAUGCCUAAAGAAGGUCAACCUGAUGCCGGUCUUACUAGAGAUUAUUCGCAAUCACCACUACAUCGUUUCAAAAAACCGGGAAGUAAAAAUUAUUUGAAUAUUUAUCCACCUAGCGCUACACUUCACUUAUCAAAUAUUCCACCAAAUAUUACAGAUGAGUUCCUAAUCUCCGCUUUUGAACAACGUGGCUUUGUGCCGAAAGGUUUCAAGUUCUUUCCGAAGGACCAUAAAAUGGCUUUGUUACAACUUAGCGAUACUGAAGCAGCCAUAAAUGCUCUUAUUGAAAUGCAUAAUUUCAAAUUAGCCGAUAAUGCACAUUUGAGAGUUUCAUUUUCCAAGAGUGGAAUUUAA